GUUAGGUAAACAAUUUUGUCGGUGCUACACCUGUCCACGAAUAACAAAGUCUCUGACUUUAACAGCUGAUUCGGAGUUUUGUAUAGGCUAGAUAACAUGUCAGAUGCAGAUUCCGUUUUAAAUGGAAUCUACAGACCUAACUUGGCCCACAUUAUCCACCCGGUAACCUUGCAGCACAUGGUCAGAGAAUGGCUAAAAGAAGACGCUCCAAAUUUUGACUAUGGUGGGUUUGUGGUAGGUGAAAAGGAGGAGACAGCAGUGUUGUUGGUGAAAAGUUCCGGAGUCCUUGCCGGUAAGCCAUUUUUUGAGGCUGUAUUUAAGGAGCUUGAUUGCACGGUGGCAUGGUGCAUCCAAGAGGGUGACUAUAUAGAGCCGAUUAGCAGAGUGGCCACUGUGACAGGCAAGGUGAGACAACUCCUGCUUGGGGAAAGAGUGGCUCUCAACUGCUUGUCCAGAGCAAGUGGCAUUGCCAGUGCUGCAAGAAGAAUGCGCAAAAUUGCAGAAACUGCGGGUUGGUGCGGUGAAAUUGCAGGAACACGCAAAACUACACCAGGCUUUCGAUUAGUGGAAAAAUAUUCUCUUUUAGUCGGGGGAGUGUCUACACAUCGAUAUGACUUAUCCUCUAUGAUAAUGCUAAAAGACAACCAUAUUUGGACUGCAGGAAACAUUACAAAGGCUGUGAAUGAUGCACAUGUUGUCGGGGGAUUCUCCACCAAGGUGGAGGUGGAAUGUCGUUCGGUCAAGGACGGGAUGGAAGCUGCAGCGGCAGGAUGUGAUGUUGUCAUGCUGGAUAAUUUCUCUCCUGAGGCAAUACCCGCUGCAGCUAAAGAGUUGAAAGAAAAGUUCCCCAAACUGAUUGUGGAGGCUAGCGGCGGGAUAACGGAGACAACACUUCUCUCUUAUCUGGAUGAAAAUGUUGAUGUGGUGUCCCUUAGUCGUCUUACGCAGGGCUACGAGACUGUGGACUUCUCUCUGAAAAUCUUAAAGAAUGGAGUAGAUCCAAGGAACUUACAUGUGGAAAGUUCUUAGUAUAAUGAUUACCUCAAGGAAUUAAAUUAGUGAUGUUACAGAAUAGUUUCCCCUUGUUAUUAUCUAGACGUUAUUAUAUUCUUACUUUCAGGCAAUAGUUACUAUGCACCUGACCUUGUCCAUUGAUGGGUGUUGAAAUAGUUCUUUCUUUCCCAGUGCUGAGUGUUGAAUGAUUGUCUCCCCUAGCUCAUCACUUGAUGCUUUGAUAGUUCCCCCCUUGCCCCAGACCUAAGUGGUACUUUAUCACGUCCCCUCGCCUAUCACUAGGUGAUACAUGAUCGUUUUUCCUUAGUUUUUGCGCCAUUGUCUCCUUAUGCCUCUAGGCUGGUGUAAGAAUUGUCUCCCCUUGCCGAAAAUGGAGCGAUAAAUGAUAUUACUGAUGCAAGGUGGCACAUAGUCUGUCCUUGCCAAUAGCUGGGUGAUACAUAAUCCCUUGUUGAUACUAGGUAAUUGUGUGUCUGGUACAUGAUUGUCACCCUUUGCUAACUGAUAGGUAGUUCAUGGGAGUUUCCUCUUACAGUCUGUACAGUGGUGGUACAUGAUAACCUUCCCUGCCACAUCACAAUCACAUCAUGAUUGUCUCCCCUUUAAUCAUACAUGGUACAUCUUCCCUUGACCAUGGCAUGGUUUGGUACAUGGUUGUCUCUUGUUGACCAUUGCCCAAUCGUACAUGAUAAUCUCCUCUUUGACAGUCUCUUGGUGGUACAUGAUUUUCUACCCAUGACCUCCACAGUAAGUGGAACAUGUUGGACUCCAAACCGUAACAGUCAAUAGAUUGUACACAUACGUCUACUUGCUGGGUGUUACAUGAUUGUCUCCCUUGGACUACUGCCAGGCAGUACACUUUGUCUCAUUCUGACAUGCUAGGUAUAAAUGGGAACCCCAUGGCUGAACUAUACAAAACUUUUGUUACUAGAUUAGGUUGGAAAUUGGUUAAUGUGCUAUUUCCAGUGGGUCCAAUAAUUCAUCCCAUUGCAGUAUGGGAAAUGUGAUCAGUCCUUCAAAGCCUCUUGCAGAUACAAGAUAGUCAUUUGUAUGUACAAUGUACUAGGUUAACUUGUGCUGGAUAUGAAAUGUGAUGGCUUGGUUCAUCCAAAUGUUAAUGUUUUUGUAACUACUGCAUCAUAUGUCUGCCUUCAGACUGCCAUAUUCAACAAGUUCAUCUGCAUUUUAGCAGAAAGUUUUCCUUAAAGUAAUGUGCCAGCAGGAGGUUGAUCAAGUUUUAUUAAAAUUUUCUCUAAUGGUGCAAUUUUUAAUUCACCUUGUAUUCAUAUCCUCAAGUCUAGUUUCAAUUAAAAUUUUACAUAUUUUAGAAAUAAGUAUUGUACACCUUAUAUGCAAUUAUACCCUAAUGAUAUCAGGUUGUUUUGAAGUCACUGACAUGAUUGUAAUUUUGCACAUCCUAUUUUAUGUUUUGACAAUAAUUACAGAACGAAGUACUGAUACUGAUGUAUGCAGUAUUGCAUUGUGGAUGUUCUUUCCAUCCAAGAUUUCAGAGCAAAUUGUGGACCUUUAAUCAUUGUGGUCAAAUCAAGAGGAAGAGCUGUGAUAUAUUCUUAAUUUUGAACACUGAUCCUUCAUCUAAGUAAAUGAAAAGUAUUGAUUUUAAUAUUGAAAGAUAUUCGUUAUAAUCUCCCAUUUAGGAUAAAUGUGAAAUUUAGACAAGUGUAAGUUAGUUGGGAAACAGAUUUAAAAGUACCAUGUUAAUCUUUGUAGUCUACAGCAGAACAACUAUUUACACGAAAAUGGGAAUUGUGUGACCAGCUGUUUUUACUGUGAUUUAUCUUAAAGGCUAUAGAUAAAGUGUUGUAGGUUACAAUUUUAUAAGCAUCACAAAUUUUCGUUUUAUGAAAACAAGAGUGAGAGGUAGGUAUGCUCUGGGAGAUAAAAGAUUAGUACACAAGUACAAUGUAGUAAUGGCUGAAUUCAGUAGGCAAAUAUAUAUGUAACCUGAAGUUCAAUUAAGUUUUGUUUAGAAGUUGGAACCAUCAGUGAAUAGAAACAAAAAUAUGGUGCAGAAACAAUUCCCGUUAUUUGCCAACCUUUCAUAAAGGAACCAUCUUGGUGCUUCCAUUCAUCAUGGACACUGUUGUUUGUAAAAAAAAAUGUACCUCUAGUGAUUUAUCUAACAAUAAAAAUCUUUCAGAAGUACUGAGGUUUACUUUUACUGGUUUUCAUUUAACCUUAUUUUCAUACUUCCGGUUGUUCAGUUUCUACAACAAAAUGUUUCAAUUGCAAGAUUUGACUUAUACUGUUUAUUUUUAUGUCUUUUUUUUAAACAAUAUUUUUAUAUGAAUCAUAUUGUAGUAUUACGAUUUGAG